AUGAUUGCUCUCAGCUCACUCACUGAUCUGCUGCAUCAUGCACACAUUCUCAUCAUCUCUGGCAGUGGUAGGCCAACCAAAUCAAAUCAAUGGCACCGGCAGCCCAUUAGUCUUAUCCAUCUCUUUGUGGAGCUUGUCGCGAAGGUGCUCUCGCUUCGGUUGGCUUUGAGGUUCUCCACGCUUGUCUCCUCCAACCAGAGCACGUUCAUCGCCAGAAGGUGUAUCCACGACAACUUCCUCGUGCAACAGAUGCUUCGCCGUCGAGGACUACCUCGUCGCCACCUGCCCGCCAAGCUCCCCCACCUCAAGCCCCCCGCUAAUCCCGACGCCGUGCUCGCCUUCCUCGCCGGCCUCGGACUCUCCAGCGCCGACGCCGCCGCCCUCGUCGUCAGGGACCCCAAGCUCCUCUGCGCCAGAGUGGAAAAAACGCUGGCGCCCGUCGUCGUCGGGCUCACCGGCCUUGGCCUGUCGCGUUCUGAAAUCACGCGGCUCGCCUUGCUCGCCGCCGACGCAUUCCGCAAAAAAGCCAUUGUCUCCAAGCUGCACUACUACAUGGGCGUCUUCGGAUCCACGGACACCUUCUUCCGGGUGAUGAAGUGCUGCAAUGUCCUCUCAUACAGCCUCGAGAGGGUGGUCAAGCCCAAUGUCGCAUACCUGCGAGAGUGUGGGUUACGAGAUUGCGAUAUUGCCAAACUGUGCCUCCGAAGACCGAGGAUAAUCAUCACCAACCCGGAGCGUGUCCAGGAGAUGGUGGGAUGCGCUGAAAGCAUCGGUGUACCCCGUUACUCUGGGAUGUUCAGGCACGCCCUGAAUGCUGUUGCAUCUUUCAGCAAGGAGGAGAUCGCAGCCAGGGUGGAGCACUUGAAGAACACGUUCACGUGGACGGAUGCUGAGGUGAGCAUUGCUGUUUCUAAGGCCCCAUUGCUGCUGAAUAGGUCCAAGGAAUCGUUGCAGCGCAGGUCUGAGUUCCUUAUCUCCGAGGUGGGCUUGGAACCGUCGUACAUUGCUCAUCGACCCGUAAUGCUCGGUCUCAGCCUAGAAGGCCGGCUCAUGCCCAGGUACUAUGCUGUAAAGUUUCUCAAGGAAAAUGGAUUGCUCAGGCAUGGCCCGAGCUACGACACAAUUAUCAAGUUGACCGAGAAGGCAUUCAGGAAGCAGUUCAUAUAUAUGCCCUCAUGA